CGGUAAGGUUCGAUUUUGACCUCGAACCCAACGGCAUCUCUGCCCGCCUCGUCUGCGACAAGCAUCCGCCAAGACGGCCCUCCUCCGUCCCCCCUCAGCGACCUAUCGGAUACCUGCCGCCCUCCAUCCGCUGGCACAGGCAGCACAGUUCUCCCCCCUCUCGACCUGUUCCUCUCCCGACAACAACACCAAGGGUCCCCCCCAUAUCGAGCCCCGCGGCCCCGUCGGUUUCUCUUCUUCUCUCUCGCGCGCAGUUUCUCUCCCUUUCACGCCCGCCAGCCUUCGGUUCCGCCCCGCCCACGAUACCCUACGUGUACAUGACGAUCCAGUCGCCCGCCGACGUCUUUCGCAUAGCAUAGGCCCUCGGGCUGCUCCUCGCCUGGUUCCUGUUAUCGGCAUACCUCGCCGGGAGGAGCCAUGGCCGAACGAACGUCUUCGUCGAGGCGGCCGCGGCCAGCCAGCGACGAAGCCAUCGGGAACUUUGUCAUCGACAGGGAGAUAGGGAAGGGGAGCUUUGCCCAGGUGUACUCUGGCCGUCACAAGGACACGGGCGCCCUGGUCGCCAUCAAGUCCGUCGAGCUUUCCCGCCUGAAUAAGAAGCUGAAGGAGAACCUCUACGGCGAGAUCAAGAUCCUCAGGCGGCUCCGUCAUCCCCACAUUGUCGCCCUCCACGACUGCGUCGAGUCGGGGACGCACAUCAACCUCAUCAUGGAGUACUGUGAGCUGGGGGACCUGUCGUUGUUCAUCAAGAAGCGGGAUAAGCUCAUCACGAACUCGGCCACGCACGAACUCGCCCGCAAAUACCCCGUCGCCCCGAACUCCGGCCUGAACGAGGUGGUCAUCCGUCACUUCCUGAAGCAGCUCACCAGUGCCAUCAAGUUCCUGCGGGAAGCGAACCUCAUUCAUCGCGAUGUCAAGCCCCAGAACCUGCUCCUGCUGCCGUCGCCCCAGUUCCGGGAGGCCAACAAGAUGCAAAAGCAGAUCCUGAGCGCGAGCCACGACUCGCUCACCCCCGCCGCCGGGCUCCCCUCGCUCCCCAUGCUCAAGCUGGCCGACUUCGGCUUCGCCAGGGUGCUCCCAUCGACGUCGCUCGCCGAGACUCUGUGCGGCUCGCCCCUGUACAUGGCCCCCGAGAUUCUCCGCUACGAGCGCUACGACGCAAAGGCCGACCUGUGGUCCGUAGGCACCGUACUGUUCGAGAUGGCGACGGGGAAGCCCCCGUUCCGCGCCGGCAACCAUGUCGAGCUCUUGCGGAAGAUCGAGGCGUCCGAAGACGUUAUCCGGUUCUCAAAGGACUGCCUCGUCAGCGCCGAAAUCAAGGGCCUGAUCCGAGCCCUCCUCAAGCGAAAUCCGGUGGAGCGGAUAAGCUUCGAGGAUUACUUUUCUCAUCCCGUCAUCACGGGUCCCAUCCCGGGCCUGGUGGAGGACGAUAUUCCGAAGCAGGCAGAGAAGCCGGCGCCGGCCGAGACGAGGGGUCCGAGUGGGGUUGACGAGGGCGCGACCCUGUCGCGGCGGACGUCCCUGAGACGGUAUCCUCCUCCUCCUCCCGCAGAGCACGACGGGCGCGAGCCCGGAGUCUCCCCGUCGCCGAAGCCGCGCCGGUCAUCACCCCUUGCGACGCCUAUCGAGCCCAAGCCGAAUCCGCUGGAGCAGGUAUCCAGCCCCCGCCUGAGCUACUCUCCCCGGCAGGAGGGAGAAGAAGGGCUCGGGAUACGGCGUCCCGCCGUCCAGCCGUCCACUUCGGCUCCUGUCCGGCCCGUUACGUACGUUGACCGAAGCCGCCGAUACUCGAACGCUUCGGUGAGGUCGCCCGCUCGCGAGCCUCCGGCACAGGAGCCUGCCGGCCGCGCGCGGCCCAAGAGCGCAGCGAGCAGGCCGCUGACGGAGGAAGAAAAGGCCGCUCAGGACGUGGCUUUCGAGAGAGACUACAUCUUCGUAGACAAGACCGCGGUCGAAGUCAACGCGCUUGCGGACCAGAUCUCGCUCUACCCGCAGCAAGCCCAAUCGCCCAAGUCGGGCCAGAUCGUUAGACGCGCCACUCAGCAGGGGGCGCCCACCUCGACCACGGGUGCCGUACCGAGCCGCUCGUCCAAGAGCCCGCAGGGACGGAACGACCAUUACCGGAAACCGUCGUACGACAAGAGCUUGUCCGGCAGCCCCGGCAGCACGACGUCGGUCAUCUCGAGGGCCAUCCAGGAUGCCAGCCUCCGGCUGUUCGGCUUCAAGGUACCACCACAGAUGCUGUCCAAGGGGCAAUCGCCGCCGCAAAUAUACAGCCCGUUCCCCGCCUACCCGACGCCAUCGGUGCCGGCGGGCUUGAUCAUGGACGGGAAGCAGAGCACCCCGGUGGACGAGGACUCGAGAGUCGCGCAGUGCAUCGAGGAGUACGCGACGCGGAGCGACGUGGUCUAUGGCUUCGCCGAGGUCAAGUACAAGCAGCUCGUUCCGCUGGCCCCGUCUGCCGAGCACGGACUCGGUGGUGUCCUCGCCGACAAGAUGGGCGAGGAGGACGAGGGUCUCACGACGGACGCGAUCGUGUCCAUAUCGGAAGAGGCCCUGGUGCUGUACGUCAAGGCGCUGUCCCUGCUCGCCAAGGCGAUGGACAUUGCCAGUCUCUGGUGGUCGCGCAAGAACCGGGCGGAGUCGAGCAACAGCGUGCACCCGGCCACCCGGGACUCGGUUAACUCGCAGGCGCUGGCGCUCAAGAUUAACGCCGCCGUCCAGUGGAUCAGGUCCCGGUUCAACGAGGUCCUGGAGAAGGCCGAGAUUGUCCGGCUAAAACUGAUCGAGGCGCAGAAGCAGCUGCCCGAAGAGCACCCCAGCCACCCGAGCAACCACCCGGCUGAAACAGGCGCGGUGAGCGGCUCGGGCACCGAAGGCGUCUUCCUCUCGGCCGGAAUCAGCGCCGAGAAACUGAUGUAUGACCGGGCCGUGGAGAUGAGCCGCACGGCCGCCAUAAACGAGAUUGCGAGCGAAGAUCUACCGGGCUGCGAGAUCUCCUACGUCACGGCUAUCCGCAUGCUCGAGGCGGUGCUGGAUAGCGACGACGACCACCUGCCGAAGCGUCGCGUAUCGAGCUCGUCAUCCAAGGAUGACAAGUCCGUCGCUGCUCAAGACGCCCCGGAUGGGAUGAGCAGCGACGACAAGCAGACGGUGCAGAAGAUGGUGCAGAUGAUCAAUGGCAGGCUUGCCAGCUUGCGGAGGAGAAUGCGCGCCAUUGCAGCAGCGUCAAAAUCACAGCAGCAGCAGCAGCAACAACAACAGCAGCAGCAGCAGCAGCAGCAACAGCAACAGCAGCAAUUCGUCUCCCGGCCGCGCAGCGGCGAUGUUACGCCCCGCAGCGUCCCAGUUUGAAGGUAACAGACUUUAUGAUAACUGACGAGAGAAGAAGGCAUUAGACUCCCCAUUACCAUUAUGUUUGGGGAAAGGAAAGGGCACUUAGGCCUCACGGCUGGCACGGGGUUUU